ACGGGCGGGGGGUGGUGAAGCCCUGCUGCCGCCGAGGCUUCCGUCUCGCUCCCUUGCUCUCUCUCCUGCUCGCUCGCUCGCGCAGCGGCGGCAGCAGCAGAGGUCGCGCACAGAUGCGGGUUAGACUGGCGGGGGGAGGAGGCGGAGGAGGGAAGGAAGCUGCAUGCAUGAGACCCACAGACUCUUGCAAGCUGGAUGCCCUCUGUGGAUGAAAGAUGUAUCAUGGAAUGAACCCGAGCAAUGGAGAUGGAUUUCUAGAGCAGCAGCUUCAGCAACAGCAGCCUCAGUCCCCCCAGAGACUCUUGGCCGUGAUCCUGUGGUUUCAACUGGCGCUGUGCUUUGGCCCUGCACAGCUAACGGGUGGGUUCGAUGACCUUAACGUGUGCGCUGACCCAGGCGUCCCAGAGAAUGGCUUCAGGACCCCCAGCGGAGGAGUUUUUUUCGAAAGCUCUGUAACCCGAUUUCACUGCCAGGACGGAUUCAAACUGAAGGGCUCCACAAAGAGACUGUGUAUGAAACAUCUUAACGGGACCCUGGGCUGGAUCCCAAGCGACAGACCCGUCUGCAUACAAGAAGACUGCCGCAUUCCCCAAAUUGAAGAUGCUGAGAUUCAUAACAAGACAUAUAGACACGGAGAUAAGUUAAUCAUCACCUGUCAUGAGGGAUUCAAGAUCCGGUACCCUGACCUGUACAACAUGGUUUCGUUAUGCCGUGAUGAUGGGACGUGGGAUAACCUGCCCAUCUGUCAAGGCUGCCUGAGGCCUCUAGCCUCUUCCAACGGCUAUGUGAACAUCUCCGAGUUCCAGACCUCCUUCCCCGUGGGAACUGUGAUCGCCUAUCGCUGCUUCCCUGGAUUUAAGCUUGAGGGUUCUGAGAACCUCGAGUGCUUGCACAACCUUAUCUGGUCAUCCAGCCCACCCCGGUGCCUUGCUCUGGAAGUUUGUCCGCUACCUCCUAUGGUGAGUCACGGAGAUUUCAUCUGCCACCCGAGGCCUUGCGAGCGCUACAACCAUGGAACUGUGGUGGAGUUCUACUGUGACCCCGGCUACGGCCUCACCAGUGACUAUAAGUACAUCACCUGCCAGUAUGGAGAGUGGUUCCCUUCCUACCAAGUCUACUGCAUCAAAUCAGAGCAAACGUGGCCUAGCACCCAUGAGACCCUCCUGACCACGUGGAAGAUUGUGGCAUUCACGGCCACCAGCGUGCUGCUGGUGUUACUGCUCGUCAUCCUGGCCAGAAUGUUCCAGACCAAGUUCAAGGCCCACUUCCCCACCAGGGGUCCUCCCAGGAGUUCCAGCAGUGACCCCGACUUUGUGGUGGUGGACGGAGUGCCCGUCAUGCUCCCGACCUACGACGAGGCUGUGAAUGGGGGCUCGAGUGCCUUAGGCCCCGGGUACCUGGCCUCCGUGGGCCAGGGCUGUCCCUUACCUGUGGAUGAUCAGAGCCCUCCGGCAUAUCCUGGCUCCGGGGACAUGGACACAGGCCCUGGGGAGUCAGAAACCUGUGACAGCACCUUGGGCUCCUCUGAGCUGCUCCAGAGUCUAUAUUCAGCCCCCAUGUGCCAAGCGGGCAGCCGCCCUGCCCCAGACACCCCUGACACAAUUUCCAGUACAGCAGGGGAGGCAGCAUCCACAAGCCCUGGCAUCGACAUUGCAGACGAGAUCCCGCUCAUGGAAGAGGACCCUUAGCCUGGUGAUGUCCUGCUAAUUCCACUGUCCCUUUUGGGGACAAGAGCCUUGAACCUUGGAGUGAGGCCACAGGAGGACAGAGCUUGGGGGAGAAGGGGGCAUUUUCUAAUCUAUCUACAUGGGGACAGCAACUCACAGCGCACAUCUCCAGCAGGACUAUGGGUCUGACCGACAGCAGUAGCAGUGCUUUUAAAUGAGACACAAGGGUUUGUCACGACCUGCAGGGAACAAAGAGCAGAGGGGACUCUCUGCAUCACCCCAUGACAGCACUGAGUGCCUCUUGCUACAGAGCAUGAGACAGUGCCACACACAUCCUGGCGAAUCACGUAUCCCGUUGCUUCUGUUAACAGCACCCCCUGCCCCUCCAAAAAGCAUGUCACAUUGUGUAAAUUCGCUUUUUAAAUCUGCCUUGAGCUGUCUGGGACUCUACAAUUGGACAGGUCAGCCUCUGUAGAAAUCCCGUGUUGACUUGCCCACCCAAGAGCGGAUUCUUCUCUUUGCCCUUAUUAGUAAGGGACAGGCUCCCAAGGAAAGGCUCUUGUGUAACACGUGGACCAUCUCCUACACCUGGACAAUGGAUCUAAGCAGGAGGUGGCA